ACUCUUCCUCCUCUAUAAGGUCUCUUCUCACGAGGCUCUCUCUCAAACCAAUAAAGAUGCGUUUGCUAGUAGAAGAAGUAGCUUCAACAUUGUCCUCUGCUGCAACUCCAACAUGUAACUCUCAUGCUUGCAGAUGGAAGCCUUACUCAAACUCUACUGACUUCACAGCUAAUGCAUCAGUCCUCCUCAUCCUUUUCAUCUCUGCUCUCAUUUGUGCUCUCUCUCUCUACGCUGCAAUCCGUUGCUUUCUCCGACCAACCCUCGAGACUGAAGACGACCACAAGCCUGACCCUGAAGCAGCUGCUUCAUCCACUGCAACAACUCCUACACUUGUCUACUCCUCCGACCUCGAGCUUGCGGGAGCUGAAGCAGAGUGUGCCAUUUGCUUGUCGGAAUUCGAACAAGGAGAGAGCAUCCAAGUGCUGGAGAAAUGUCAGCAUGGUUUCCAUGUUAAGUAGGGAUUCUACGCGACGAACAAUCAGUUCCAGACAACGGGUCCAAAGGGUUUCAUUCAAGUGAAGGUUCUGGAGAACGACAAUCUCUAUGUGCGUGUCGACUUGCCUGGCGUUCCAGACGACGCCGUUCGCUACAGAGUUGACGCCGUGAGACAAAAGGUUGUCUUUUUCUCCGGUGAAACUCUCAACAACGAUAAAGAAGGCAUGCGUGAGUACUCUGGAACCGCCGGUCUUGGCUGUGACUGCUGCGAGAUCACAGGCGUUGAUGCCAAAAUGAAAGAUGGAGUUUUGAGAAUGAUUCUCUCAAGGGUUGUGAACAAGGAUCAACCCAACAACAAGUGUACCCUCACUGUACCUCCUUUCACAGGUCAAUCCGGGAGAUAUCUGGAGGAUCAUCCAUAUGUGGUGAAUGGUCGCAAGGGAGCACUAUUUGGUGUCCCAACCGCGGGAACAGGGCUUUACUUUGCAGUGGACAUGCCAGGGGUUUGUGGGGAUGAUGUACUAGUGUUUGCUCAUGAAAAUGAAAUCAGAUUCUAUGGUGAGGUCAAGAACGUGUAUGAGCACGAUGAGAGCCGUCGAAUCUACUCGGGAAGCAUCCAGAGUCCUCCUUCCCGUGUUCUACCUUCAGUUUCGAGCCACCACAUCACUUGGGAUGCAGAAUUUGGUGUUCUCAAGAUUGUUGCUACACCUCCUGGCUACACCAACAACUAAGGAACCCCUAUUAUCUCUCUCUCUCUUUCGCUAUAUUUUCAUUUUGGGACAAGUUACUUUGAUUAGUUUUCUCUGUUUAAGUUGAGACAAUUGAGAGAAAGAGACGUAGUCCUUGCUUUUGUGUUUGCAAUGGAAUCAAAUGAUUUAUGUCAU